UGCUGCCUUUAGUUCUCGCCUGGCCUGAAACCUUGAGGAUCAUACUGACUAAAGCUCAGGCGGUGGUCUCUUCGGCUUCGAUAUCAGUUCCAUGAGUGGUGUUCUAGGAACUGGAGCCUACAAGAGAUACUUUGGAAAUCCUACAUCAUACCGCCAGGGUGGCAUUACGGCUUCCAUGCCUGCCGGCUCCCUCGUCGGAUCUCUCGUCUCCUCCUUCAUUGCCGACAAGUACUCUCGCAAGGUCGCUCUCCAAUUCUCCUGUAUUCUGUGGACUAUCGGUGCCAUCCUUCAAUGCGCUUCCGUCAACGUCGGCAUGCUUUGUGUCGGCCGUGUCAUUGCGGGCAUGUGUGUCGGUAUCGCAUCCUCUAUUGUGCCCGUCUACCAGUCCGAAAUCGCCCCCAAGGAGAUCCGUGGUCGCGUUGUUUCGCUCCAGCAGUGGGCAAUUACAUGGGGUAUCUUGAUUCAAUACUUCAUCCAGUACGGCGCCGCAGAGGGCAUUGGAAAAGGCUCCACUGAUCCCGACCAGCCAACCGCCGCUUUCCGCAUUCCUUGGGGCGUCCAGAUUGUCCCUGCAGCUGUCCUCUUUGUUGGGUUAUUCUUCUUUCCUUAUAGUCCUCGUUGGCUUGCUAGCAAGGACCGUUGGGAUGAAGCCAUAAAGGUCCUCGCUCAUCUUCACGGCAGCGGCGACGUCAACCACCCCAAAGUCCUGGCCCAGUACCAAGAAAUCGAGGAGGCCCUUCGAUUCGAGCGAGAAGAGAACAUUUCUAGCUUCAAAGGUCUCAUCGCUCCCCGCAUGUAUAAGCGUGUGUUGCUCGGCAUGAGUAUCCAAAUGUGGUCCCAGUUGUGCGGAAUGAACAUCAUGAUGUACUACAUUGUCUACAUCAUGCAGGGUGCCGGCAUAGGCAACCCGCUACUUACUGCGUCUAUUCAGUAUAUCAUCAACGUCGUCAUGACUCUUCCCGCCAUCGUCUUUAUCGACAAGCUCGGUCGUCGUCCCUUGCUCGUCGGCGGCUCUUUCAUGAUGAUGACCUGGCUGUUCAUUUCUGGUGCACUUCAACAGUACUAUGGACAGCCCAACACCGCUGAGACACGCAACCCCGACAAUGAGUCUGUUACUUGGCUCGUUCUCAACCAGAGGCCGGUCUCCUCUGCUAUCGUCUCCUGCUCGUAUCUUUUUGUCGCAACCUUUGCCACUACAUGGGGUCCUGUGUCAUGGACUUAUCCUGCCGAGAUCUUCCCGAGUAAGAUUCGCGCCAAGGCCGUCUCUCUGUCCACCUCGACCAACUGGUUCUGGAACAUGAUUCUUGCUUUUGCCGUUCCCCCUCUGUUAUGGAACAUUAACUACAAGAUGUAUUAUAUUUUUGCGACAUUCAAUGCCCUGGCAUUCCUUCACACCGCAUUCUUCGCGCCCGAGACCAAGGGCUUCACACUCGAGGAGAUGGACGAUGUUUUCAACUCUGGUCUUCCAGCCUGGAAGACUCAUCAGAAGAAGUCUCGUCUUGACGACAUCGAGCGAGAGAUUGCCGCCGGAAAUCUUAAGGUCACUCGCCACGGCGCGGUUGCUGAUGAGGAUAACCAUGAGGUCGUCGCCGAAACUGAGAAGAAGGGAACCGCUGUCUGAGCACUGCGGUAGACUUCCGAUACUCGAAACUAAACAAUAAUACCCAGCAGGAGUUGUUGUGAGAGAAGAUAGUCGUGGGGAAAAGCGAAUUUGAAGCGAAUGAAGCGGGGCGAAUGCGCAGGUUAGCAUAUUAAUUGAUGAAGAUGAUACCAGAACUAUUCGUCUUGCCUAAGACAUCGAUGGUGGUGCGAUAGUCGUGAAACAUGGCGUGAAUGACUUGACGACACAAGAGGUAGAAGGCGCUCUUCCGUCGCUAUAUCCAAAACUGCUUUCCACGGUCCUGAGAUGCGCUGUGAAGUUCUACGAAAGGUUGUCUUGGCAAGCGACCCUUCGGAAGAUAUUCCUAGAUCGGCUAAGAUACCCGAAAAGUUACGCAAAUUCUUUUUUUCUUUCUUUUUUCGCUGACUCAAUCUGUUGCCAGGACUAGGUGGGUAAAGGAUAUAUAACUCAGUGUCCUCUUCCGUUCGUGACACGGAGAGUCUCAAGGACACUGA